GUCACCCAGUGCCAACUGCCAGCCAACGGGGCUCUGUGUGUGUGGUCGGGCUGCUCUUUCUAUGGGAGAAAAAUCACUUUUUCUCCGUCCCCGCGGCCUCCAUACGCUUUUUUCACAGUGGGUACGUCAAACACGCAUUUGUUAACACUAGCUAACGGCUUUCCAAUCGGCUCGUUCUUUUUAACGUCUCGUACAAGCGAACGAUCGGCCGUCGAUUUUAUCGGCUUGUCGCGUGUCGAAAGUCUGCGCGAGAAGUGUUUGUGUCAGUGAACGAAAGAGAGAUCCGAGUCAUUCAUUAGUUAACACACAUAUAUAUCCACGCAACACGGUGUAGACGUCACAUAAUCGCAGCUACAAAUAUGUUUAUUUGGGAUUGGUUUGCCGGAGUGCUCAAUUAUCUUGGACUAUGGAAGAAGAGCGGCAAACUUCUCUUCCUAGGUUUGGAUAAUGCAGGCAAAACUACAUUGCUUCAUAUGCUCAAGGAUGAUCGUUUAGCUCAACAUGUACCCACGUUACAUCCAACAUCGGAAGAAUUGUCUAUUGGAAAUAUGAGAUUCACAACUUUUGAUCUGGGGGGCCAUACUCAAGCACGUCGUGUAUGGAAGGAUUACUUUCCGGCUGUCGACGCGAUAGUAUUUCUUGUCGACGCGAGUGACAGAUCAAGAUUACCAGAAUCAAAAGCCGAGUUGGAUGCAUUAUUAACUGACGAACAACUCAGCGCAUGUCCAGUUCUUGUACUAGGCAAUAAAAUUGACAAACCAUCUGCAGCUUCUGAGGAUGAACUUAGGAAUUUCUUCAAUCUGUAUGGGCAAACAACAGGAAAGGGUAAAGUUGCUCGUAACGAGAUACCCGGCCGUCCACUGGAACUAUUUAUGUGCUCAGUUCUAAAGCGACAGGGAUACGGGGAAGGCUUCCGUUGGCUUGCACAAUAUAUUGAUUGAACGUAUCUAUUAUUGUUCACAUGACAAACAGAUUAUCGACAGUUUCAUUAUACAUUAUCUUUCCUCUGAUAACGAUGUUGAUACCGGAAUUGUAAUAUUCUUUACAUGAAUUCAGCAACAUAAGAGAGGAAUACUGUUUCACCGAUCUCCAAAAAAGAUAGAGAAUCCAAACAGUAAACGAAAAAUUCGAGAAAAUUUUCCACAAAUAGAGAAGAUAUUCUCGAAAAUAUUGUACACGCGGAUGAUAGGACUUUGAUUUUCUUUAACAUUGACAUGCGAACAACUCUCGGGGAAAUUGUCAUUCCUUUUUCAGUAUAUUUCGAAUUCCAAUACAGAUUUCAUGGAAUCCUAUCAUUUUGCGAGUCACACUAGACGAAUAUCAUUAAUACGUGCUGAAAAAUGAAAUAAAAAUUUUGAUAAAUAAAACUAAUAAAUUAUUUAAGAAUUCCAA